AUGGAAAAUCUUCCGGGUGAGAUUACAUCCGAUAUACUUUCUAGAGUUGAUGCUGGUUCCAUAUCACCAGCAAAACAAGUUUGCAAAACAUGGCGAGGUCUCUUAGAUCAUAUUAAGAUGGGACUUAUACUCUCAAGCAAAGGUAACCCACCUCGAAUUCUCUACACUGAUUUUGAUACGCUUAUUAACUCGGCUGGUAGUACAGAUGUGCGUAUUGGUAGUAGAAAUACAAUAUUUGAAGAGUUUAAGCCUCCUGUGGAAGGGUACUCACACUUUCCGUUUAUUGGUUCAUGUAACGGUUUACUUUGUGUCUCACUUCCUAUGGAUCAUGAUAGUUUUCGACGUGAUGGGGCUCCUAGUCACAUAUUUAAUCCCAUCACCGGCGAAUUUGCUAAGCUUCCAGGAUUAGACAGCCCAGCAAUGUCAAUACUUUACCAUGCAGGUGGAUUCGGUUAUCUUCAUACAACUAAUGAGUACAAAGUUGUUCGAAUCUGUCGGGAAAAAUCGGAAACUGGUCAGAUGGCGUUAAAAGUCGAGGUUUACACUCUUGGCGGUGAUUGUGGGUGGAGGAACAAAGGACACAUACCAUUGUGCAAAUUACAGUCGUUAGGAAUGCUCGCGAAUGGAGCUCUUUAUUGGCUAGAUUAUGAGGGAAAGAGGAUCGUUUCUUUUGAUUUGAGAGAUGAAAAGGUUCGACUAGUCGAACCACCGCCACCUUUGUUUUCAACUGGAGAAGAGUUUCGACUACUCGUAGAACCACCACUUCCUCUUUCUAGGAUGACAUCUUUCAGACUCCGGGUUCUGAGUGGAUAUUUAUGUCUUGUUCAUCAAAAGCUAGGAGAUUGUUUGGAUGUAUGGUUGUUGAAGAAAAAGAAUGCAACCGGGAAUGCUUGGGGCAUGGAGUUUGGCAUCAAAUUGGAGGGGUCGUUGUACACCGACCACGACCUUAUCACCAUCACAAAGACCGACGAGGUAUUAUUUUGUUGCAAGUCAAGGAUUCUUUGUUGCUAUGACCUGAAAACCAAAGCUCUGAGAGAAUUUUGGGAGCGCGAUUCCAAUUCCUGUUCUUUCCAAGCAAUUCCACACAUGAAAAGCUCUAUUUCGCUCAAGGGUCUAGGAGAAAAGUCAGUUGCAUGGGGCAGUUUAGCUUUGUGA